UUUCUCAACGAACCUAAAUUUAGACUUUUAGAGGGCUCAGAGGGUGAUCGAAUUUCGCGUCACAUAUUUAUUUGAUAGCAAUUGUUUCAACUCGUUUCUUCGUUUCGCGUAGAAGAGUUCUAAGUCAUUCUGAAGGGAAUUUUUCGAGAAGGAACCCGCUUCGAUUGAGCAGAUUAACGACGAGAAAUUUUUUUAGCCAGCACACGUGCCGUGGAUAACGUUUCAAUUGCAACAUCGUGAAGGCAGACUGUCAUCUUCAUAUUUCACGGUUGCUCUCGUGAUGGAAGAAGGAACUGGAUAAACCAGACAGGCAAUUUCGCGUUUGUUGAGUAGAGGAUUGUAGUUUCGCUUACUACUGAAGAGCGCUUUCGGAAAACGACCGUUAAUUUUGAUUCUGGUGAACAGUAGUUCGCGAAAUGACGACUAACCCCCGCUUUCAUCGACAACACUGUUUCUUAUGCGAUCUUCCGCACUCACCGUGGGCAAUCCUUCAGGAUUUCAGCGAACCUGUUUGUCGUGGCUGUUGUAAUUACGAAGGGCCUGAUCGAAUUGAGGAUGUAAUACAUUACUCGAGAAUUUUAAGACGAACGUGGGAAAAUAACGAGCUAGCGCAUAGAAAUCGGGGAGCGAAAACAGAACGCUUGAAUUCAGCGGGAUCGUCUAUAUCUUCCACUCCAAGUCCGCCACCCACCAACGGUACCAACUACACGGCACCAUAUUCAGAGCAAAGAAAAGGAGCUGGGAAACAUCAGAAUGCCGUCAGGCAUAGCGAGGAAGGCAUGGAAAAUUCUCAUGGACACGGGGGUGGCGAAGCUGUAAAUGGACCUGGCUCGAAAGCAAAUCGACCUCCAGGAAAUAUUGGUUCUCGCGAAAUGGAAAGACGAGGGUCUGGUUUCAACAUGGAAGACGCUAGGCAUUCGCUGCCAAACGGAAAUGCGUUACAAAGGCAUCAUCCCCCCUUGACCCCAAACGGACCUCAGCAGAAUUUUGUCGAUGAUGGACAACGGCUGGAACUCAUAAGGGAAACACUAGCUAGUCUGAACAGAUCUUGCCCGUUUGAUAUCAGAUUCAAAAAAGAUCAUGGUUAUGUCGGCCGCGUGUUUGCUUUCGACGUUAGCUGUAAGCCUGGGGUUGACUAUGAACUUAAAAUUUUCAUCGAGUACCCUCGAGGCUCUGGUUGCGUUUUUCAAAGCGCAUCAGGAGUCGCCAAACAGAUGUACAUGGAGUCUUUGAAGGAAAUGGCAAAGCCACUUUCUUCUGGGUUCAAGUAUUUAGAGUACGAGAAAGAUCGUUCCAAAGGGGAAUGGCGUUUGCUGGGAGAAUUUCUUCCUGAACCGGUGCGAUUGUUCAAGGAAGCUGUCAAUCACGAAUUUCUCGCCAAACCUCAGCUUGAUGCGGAAUUUCCAGUUCUACCCAAUGUGAAUCUCAGCUUCAAUCGCUCAGGCCCCCAGUAUGCGAGAAAGCGAAAAGGUGCUAUUGAUUUAGAAGAAUUUGAGGUAGCAGCUGGAAAACGUGCAGGAGCCAUGCAUGGGCGCAUGACUCGGGAUGAUGCCUUGCACAGCGUUUGGGUGCAAAAUCAAACAGCUGAUGGUGUCAAACUACCAGUUCAUUUGCCAGGAACACCACUUCCCCCAGGGACCCCAGUCAGUUCUAUACCAUCUGCCUCAGUUCCACCCAUGGUGUCACUGGCUGUCUCAAAAGGUGCACCGAGCCUAGCAGUGGCUGAACAUCCCCGUACACAAGUAAAAUCUCCUAUGGGCACCAUGAUGAAUCGAUUUGAAAUACCACCCACCUCAGUGCUUCGUGAAGAUUCGAGGAAUGGUCCGAAUACUCUUGUUGCUGGUUCACCAGGCAGUGAGAGAUUGUCACCACGCCCACAUCAAUCGCCCAGACCCUCACCUAGCUCUGGUGGAGCUAAAGGCCCAGAUGUAGCUGAAGGUGACUUGAAGGGAAGGGGCUCCACAGUGAAUAUUCUGACUUGUAGUCUUUGUCGUGACAAGCUUGAAGACACCCACUUUGUGCAGUGCCCAUCUGUUCCUCACCACAAAUUCUGUUUCCCUUGUUCACGUGAAAGUAUCAAGAAGCAAGGAGCUGGUUCAGAAGUUUUCUGUCCAAGCGGAGAGAGAUGUCCAUUACAAGGCAGUGAUUUGCCUUGGGCAUUCAUGCAAGGAGAAAUUGCAACCAUUCUUGGAACUGAAUACACUGUGAAAAAGGAAAAAGAAACAUAGGGAUAGGGUUAAAUUUUUUUCUGCUUUCACAGUAUCAAAUUUAGUCGUUAGCAAGAAACAUUAUUUGUGUGUGGUUCUUAUGAACUUGUAUCUUGUGUAUUAUGUAUGGUGAAAGUUGCCUCACAAAUUACGUGCAUAGAGUGAUUUGUAUGAGAAGUUUUGGUAAUAUGCUUCCAAGAAGAUUUCCUGAAAAUUUACAAUGCAUUUUGUGAAAUGGUGUUUUUAUAGUAAAUUAGUAAUUUAGUGAGUUUUUAAUAGCACAUUUAAUGUCUGGAAAUGACCAGUUUGUCAUUUCUCCCUACAAUUUAAAUGUGUGAUCCAGCAAGCAGGCAAUAAAAAUAGACACACUCGCAAUCUGAGGGUGUUAAUUAGCAAAUGUCAAAUUCUGGGAUCUCCAGCUAACAAAAAAAAAAAUGUAUAAUUCAUCGGAGAAUUGCAAAUUGCAUCCAAAUUGCUAAAGGUUCAAGAACAAAAUAAUGUCAGAGUUCUUAAUAGUUAAGGGUGAGGACACCCAGUUUUCAUGCGAUUUGUUCUUCUUUGUUACUCAUAAGAACUUGUCUGUGUGGAUUCAAAGUUGCAUGAAUAUGUGAAUGCAGGUUCUUAAAAUUUCUCUAUUUUGCAAGGUAUUUACAAAAGGCUGGAUAAGGUUAAUUUCUUCCAUCAUGAAAUGUGGCAGAAGAUUGUGUCUGAUGGGCUACUAAAUUAUGAUUUAAGAAUUGUGCAACAUAAACAUUGUACUGGCAGUGCUACUCAUCUUUUGCUGUCAUAAAAUGUGCUUGGUAAUAUCCAAGAGUGUGAGAUGGGUAUUUGUUAGAAUAGUUAUUCCUGUUGAAAACAGUAAUAUAGGAUCAUGGAUAUUAUUAUUAUUUGGAAUUGUUGUACAAAUGUGUUGCUUCUUAUAAGUGAGUUGCUUAUGUUGACACAAAGGUAACUGGUCAUUUCUGAAUGUUAAUAUUUAAAAAAUUGCAAUCAUUGGAACUUCUCUCUUGUAAAAUUGAGACUUUGUGAAUAGAAUUCUCUUAAAGGGUGGGAUUUUUCGGACAAACAAGAAAACUUGUAAAUAGCAACUUACACUUUUUUUCUCCACUCUUUUAGCUCUGCUGUAAUCUUUCAGUGCACGGGAAAGUUUGGGUACAUUUUUAAAAACUGUUUGAAAUCUUGCAAAUCUGUGGUUUCAAGAGGUGUUUGCAGACCUGAAAACAAUUUUUAAAAAUGUAGCGAUGGACUGCCUGUGAAUGUCAGUUUGUGUGGAAAAAGUAUUGCAUUGAUUUACUGUGUAAUUAAAGUUUGUGUUUGAAAGUUUA